CGAGCCCUGGGGCCCAGCGCAGCGUCCUGGCCGCAGGAGGGAGUCCAGGGAACAGGACAGCCACCGUGAAGGGCUCAAGCAAAUUUAAUAUGGCUGGACCUAGUGCCUUUUCUGUUUAUGCCCUCCGUUUGGGGCCUGGGGAAGACAUCGUCACCUCUUUGUUAAAAUUUGUAGAAGAUAAGAAGCUAAAAGCUCCAUUUGUCAUGACUUGUGUGGGAAGCAUCACCAAAGCAACGCUGAGACUGGCCAACGCCACUGCUUCGAAUACUAAUCAGAUUAUUCAUCUAAAUGAGAGGUUUGAAAUCGUCUCCUUGGUGGGAACCCUGAACAAAGCACUUCAUCUCCACAUCUGCCUGUCUGAUAAGGAUGGGAAGACUGUCGGAGGGCAUGUUAUAAGUGACUUGGAAGUCUUCACUACAGCUGAGAUAGUGAUCGGCGAAUGCACGGGCCUGCAGUUCACCCGGGAGAUGGAUGAUCGCACAGGUUUCCCAGAACUUGUCAUUAGUUCUCGCUCUGAAAAGGCUUAGUAAUUUCUGCCCUGUAAAUUAUGUGACAUGCCUCAAAAAAAGUGGAUUAAAUAAAUGGGGUUGGAGCAUGCCUUCCUUUCUCUUAGCUUUUAGCUUAUUGAUUCAGACAUAUUUUCACGCGGAGAAUAAUCAAUUCUUCAGUGGGUGGACAGAAUAAAAUAAUUUCAGGCAAACUC